AUGCCACGUAAAGCCGCUAAAAGCGAGAGUGCACCCAGGAGCACCUCUAAACGUCCUGCGCCGGAGGUUCCAGCACGGCAGUCUAAGAGAGCACGGGCUACCGCAAGGAAGUCUUACGUCGAGCCUGAGAGCGACACGGAUAGCGACGGGAACAAACCAAAGACAGACGUCGCAUCCGACGGUGACGAGGAUGACGUUGUAGCAUCUGACUACGAGGAACAUAGCGACAAGGAUCCAUCGUCGGAAUCCGAGCACGAUGAAACCGCCAGUGACGACGAACCUGAGGGCAAGCGAGCAACUCCUAGAGGGCGCGAAACCAAGAGCCUUGCCAUACACAAGAAGGUCGCUGGCGAGAAAGAGCUAUGGAAACCCGGUGCGAAGCUCGCACCAGGAACGCAGCUGAUCAUCAAGAAACCAAAGGCUCGAGAUGCAGGCGACACGCCGUACUUGGAUCACACAAUCCACCCAAAUACUAUGCUGUUCCUUAAGGACUUGACGGCUAACAACGACCGCCAAUGGUUGAAGCAUUUCACCACUUUUGCGGAGAAGGUAUCCGAGAAGAUCAUCGAGGCAGAUGAGACCAUCCCAGAGUUGCCUGUAAAAGAUGUAAUCUACCGGAUUUACAGAGGUGAGCCCGAAACUUACUUUUCUGCGGCCUGGUCAAGAACUGGACGCAAGGGACCUUACGCACACUACUACAUCCAGGUGCAACCCAAUGGUGGUAGCUUCGUAGGUAUGUUCGAUUCUCCUCUCUUCGUCUUCGCGGAGACACCCGAGCCGCGAGCUGUCGUGGAACUCAAGCGCAGUGCGAAGUGA